GAGCUGUGUCAACCGGUGGCGCGAUUAGGUGCGAAGUGCUUUGAUGUCCUACAUAAUAUCGGAAAUAUUUUUCUGAAAAGGUGAUUCGCUCAUUAUCAUUUGGUGUUUUAACUAUCACCUGUUCUAUUCAUCUCUCGCGUCAUAAUGUAGUUUUCUAUUUAUUUAUUAUUUACUGAAUUGGCACUUUAAAACGUAUAUAUCAAACUUUUGACCUGCAAAUAAUAAAUGGAAGAUCGGUUAUAGUGUACCAGUUUAUAGUUUGCUUUAAAUAUAAAUAGUACUUUUUUGCAUCAAUGCAUCGCCCAUCAUCAAUUUUAGUCUAGAAUUGCAAUACUUUGUGUUUGAUUGUGCGUUUAUUCGGGUGCAAUGGAAAUAUUAAUCCCUGGAAUGUCUGAUGUCACUCGGGCACUCUUAGCUAUCCUAUGCAUCUGCUUGACCUUGAUAUGGGGCAUUCAUAAAUGGAAUCGGAGACAUAAGGAGCGACUUGCUUCAAAGUUUCCUGGACCAACAGCUCUGCCUUUCGUCGGCAACGUGCUGUCACUUCUUAACAAAACUCACUAUGACUUAUUAUGGAUCGUUACCGGAUAUUGUGAAGAGUAUGGAUCACCAUCUAAAUUCUGGCUUGGUAGUAAACUUCUUGUUUUCAUCACAAAACCAGAGGAUAUCCAGAUCAUUUUGAACAGCUCUAAAACAUUAGCCAAAGAUGCGGUUUUUUAUAAGGUUGGUCAGGCAGGGAUAGGCACCGGUCUGAUUACAGCACCACUCGAAAAAUGGAAGAAAACUCGAAAAAUGCUGACGCCAUCUUUUGCUCCAAGAGAAAUCACAAGAUUUAUGCCUGUAAUGAGCAAAAGAGCAACGAUCAUCGUACAAAAGAUGCAACAUCAUUGUGGUAGUGGUGUCGAAGUAGAAUUUUAUCCGUACUUCUUCACGGCUUCACUUGACACAAUCUGUGAGGCAUCUUUUGGGGUGAAGGUUGACUCUCAGCUAGGUCGAAGUCGAGACUGGGCAGAAGUUUUGUUUCGGGUUUUGCCUCUUUUCGUGGAGCGAUUUUUUACACCAUUGUUGUACAUGGACUACAUUUAUGAAAAAACAAGCUCUGCAAAGGUGAUGAAAAAGGACUGUGACGAUUUUCGAGACUUCAGCAAGAACAUGAUUAAUGAAAGGAGAAAACAUAUUUCAAAAAACUACGGCAACACUAAUGAUGAUAUGAAUGGAGCAGGUGUUGAUUGUCCAAAGUAUUUACUUGACGCCAUCCACAAUUUUCAAGAAGAUAGCAUCUACACUUAUUCUGAAACAGAUAAGAUAGAUGAGACUGUAACCUUCAUACUCGCGGGAAGUGAGACCGCGGCGCAAACCAACUGUUUUGUUUUGUUAAUGCUAGCUAUUCAUCCCGAAUAUCAAGAGAAAGUUUUCGAGGAGCAGUACAAUAUUUUUGGAAACGCCGAUAAGCCUAUUACACUGGAUGAUCUAGAUAAAAUGAAAUAUUUGGAACAGGUUAUUAAGGAAACUCUUCGCUUGUUUCCUGCGGUUCCUAUUUUUGCGAGGUAUGCAGAAGAGGACACGAAAUUAACACAAAAUUACGUUUUACCAGCUGGUGCAACUGCGAUAAUUUAUCCAUUCUUCACGCAUUAUGAUACGGAACUUUGGCCAGAACCCAAAAAAUUCAACCCGGAUAAUUUUACAGCUGAAAAAAUGGCGAAUAGACACAAGUAUGCUUACAUACCUUUUAGCGGUGGUGCUAGAAAUUGUAUUGGUAAAAAAUUUUCAAUGCUAGCAAUGAAGACAACACUAUCCAUCUUUAUACGGCAGUUUCGAGUUAGCACAACUACAAAACUUGAAGACAUAAAAGUUUAUAUGGACGUGGUGCUUAGAUGUAAAUGUGGUUGGAAUAUGACACUUGAACAAAGAAUAAAUCAGAAAUCCUAAACUGUC